AAUCGACAAAAGCUGCUGAAGCCUGAAGGAAUUACAAAUAUUAUUAACAAUAAAGAAGAUGGAAAUUCAAUAAACAAAGAAGAAAAGGUUUCGGAGCAGAGAGUUUCUUUCGUCUUCGGUCUACCCUUUUGUUGGCGCACGAGGGCAGGCGACAACUUCACCCCCGGUUGUGACCACCGCCGAUCACCGCCGGUGGCACGGUUAAUGUACUUUGCCUCUGAAGUAUCUGCUUUAUUGAAGAAUUGACAUCCAUUAAAAUUUGUUCAUCUGAAAAGAACAUGAGGAAAACUGACCAGCCUGGUAUGACUGAGAUGGAAAAGCACACAAACAUUGAUAGGAUUAGCAAUCUACCAUGGGAUGUAUUAGAUACCAUUCUUGUGCACAUGCCAUUAAAAGAAGCUGCAAGGACCAGUAUCUUAUCAAGUAAGUGGAGAUAUAAAUGGACUAGCCUUUCACGGUUCAUUAUUGAUGAUAAAUGCCUCCCCAGUUGUUUAUCAGACAAAGUGUUGAGAUGGAAAGAAAUCAUGAAAAUCAUGCAUCAGGUCCAAUCAAAUCACAGUGGCUCAAUAGAGAAGUUUAAGCUUGCUGCUUAUUGUCACCCAAUCCAUUCUGAUUUGGAUCAGUGGAUUCAGUUUUUAACAGAGAGAGGUCUUAAGGAGUUGGUUCUUCAGGAGUUUGACAGUGUGAUGCGUUUUAAGUUGCCAGCUUGUCUAUUCUCUUGUCCACAGUUGAGUUGCUUGGAACUUUAUGGGUGUGUAAUCAACCUAUCUCCUUCAUUUAGAGGAUUCAACUCUCUUUCAAGCCUCCAUCUCGCUAACAGUUCCAUCAGGAGUGACACACUGGAAUUCUUAAUUGCUAACUGCCCUGUUCUUGAGAGAUUGACAUUGUUGAACAAUGAGCGUUCGGCUGUUCUUAAAAUCAACAAUCUUAACCUGAAGUAUCUGAAAAUAGAUUCCAAGUUUGAAGAUAUUUGCCUGCAAAAUGCUCCGCUCCUUUCAAGUGUCGAUAUUCGCUUAAAGAUGAUACCCCGGCACCCUGAUCAAGGAAGAGCUUGCAAUUUGGUCAGGGUUAUUGGUUGUCUGUAUGGUAUUAAAAAGCUUACUUUGUCCACUCAUUUUCUUGAGUUUCUUGCUUCUAAUGAUAUACCAGAGAGACUUCCUGCCAUGCUAGACCAUCUCUUAGCGCUUGACCUUAGGGAAGUAAGAUUUGACAAUUUAAAGGAUGUGAGGGUCUCGUUUUCGAUGCUUAAUAGCGCCCCAAAUCUGGAGGAACUCAUAAUUUCGGUUAGCAAUUCAAGUGAGGUUUCAAACACCGUCCUGGAUUUUCUAAGGGCACACUGCCUAUUAGAGACUUACUUCAUCAAACUUAAAGUAGUGAAGAUAAGAGGUAUAUGGGGCACAAGAACCGAGUGGGAGUUUAUCAAGUUUAUUCUUGCUCAUUCUCCGGCGCUCGAGGCAAUGACUGUUGUCAAAUACGGCGGUGAAAGGAUUCCGGACUCGCUGUUUAUGCAAGUUGAACGGGCUUCUGAUCAUGUGAAGGUUACCAGUUUAACCUUAUAGGCCUCGUCUCUUCCUCCAGCCAUCCCCUUCUGUCUUUGCAUUUUUGGAUGUACUUGGUUUAAAUCCUAGAAUAUCCUCUCAUAAAUCACUAAAAGAAAUUUGAAUCUUCAAACUA